AUGGCUGGGCCCCAGACGCCCGUGCAGGACUAUCUGCCGCACGAGUCGGUGCGCGGCUUCUCCCGAUCCUCGAGACCCAGUUCCUACGUCGGCAGCAAUUCGAUGCCUGACCAACCCCAGAUGGCCCACAACCCGCGCUUCCGGGAGGACUUCGACGCAGCCAGCCGGCGCAGCUCCCUCAUGCUGGACGGCGCAGGAAUGCAGCGGUCUGCGUCGCAAAUGUCGCGGGCCCGAUCGCCGCACCCUGAAAAAGAAGCCCUCCCUGAGCCGCAAGGGAGUCUGCGACGCAAUGGCAGUCGCCGCAGUAUGCGCGCCGGCAGCGUGAGGAGUCUGAGCUUGGGCGACCGUGAGAAAUACAGCGAUGGCACCGAGGACGCUAACAGCGCGUUCACCAUCCCGAUUCCCACCACCGGCAACCCGACCGAGGUGCUGUCCAACCGCUUCCAAGCCUGGCGGAAGGUCCUCAAAGAUCUGAUUCUCUUCUUCAAAGAAGUCCAAAAAUCCUAUGAGACCAGAUCCAAGCUAUUCUUAUCUGCCUCCCAUGUUAUCGGCAACCAGGCGAUCCCACCCGCAUUCCUGCAAUCCGGUGGGCUGGCCGAUGCGACCGAGAUCCUCCGAGAUUUCCACCGCCAAGGGUACACGGAGGCCAACAAGGCCGUCGAGGUCGAGAUGGAGGUGAUCAGCCAAUUGACGGGUCUGCGCAGCGACCUGCAGAAGAAGACCAAGGAGAUCAAGAACCUGGCGGGGGAUUUCAAGAAUUCGGUCGAGAAGGAGCUGGAUGGCACGCGCAAGUCGGUCCGCAACUUGCAAGAGGCCCUCGGUCUCGUGGAUACCGAUCCGUCUGCGACGGCGGGCAAAGGUGAUCCAUUCAUCUUGCGACUCAGUGUCGAACGGCAGGUCGAGAAGCAGAUUGAGGAGGAGAACUAUUUGCAUCGGGCAUACCUGAACCUCGAAAACUCGGGUCGGGAGCUCGAGUCCAUCGUGGUCAGCGAGAUCCAGAAGGCCUACAAUGCCUAUGCCAGCAUCCUCCGACGCGAGGCCGACGAGACCUAUGACACCAUCGAGAAGCUGCGAGUGGGCCCGAUCUCAAUUCCCCAGGACUACGAGUGGAACUCGUUUGUCGCCGGGACCGACGAACUGGUCGACCCUCGCAUCCCACUACGGCAUUUGGAGAAUAUCGUCUACCCCGGCAGAGAUCACCCCGCCGCUGCAGAGGUCCGAGCUGGGAUGCUGGAGCGCAAGAGCAAGUAUCUCAAGAGUUAUACUCCUGGCUGGUAUGUCUUGUCGCCGACUCACCUCCACGAGUUCAAGUCGGCCGAUCGCGUGGCAUGGCAAACUCCGGUGAUGUCAUUGUACCUGCCAGAGCAGAAGCUCAGCUCGCACUCGCAGCCGGACUCGAGCUCGCACAAGUUCAUGCUGAAGGGUCGCCAGACUGGUGCGAUGCACCGGGGCCACUCGUGGGUGUUCCGGGCCGAGUCGCACGAGACCAUGAUGUCGUGGUAUGAGGACAUUGAGAGCCUGAUCAACAAGACGGGCGAGGCUCGCAAUGCCUUUGUCCGACGCCACGUCCGAAGUGUGAGCGGCAUGUCCUACAGCAGUGACGGAGCAAUGGAAGAAGACGAAGCCGACCGCACUCCGUAUUCCGGAUCGAUGGUUUUGGCGGGUGAGCGACCAACCUCUGCACCCCGUCAGCCCGGUGGUGCAUUCCCCAGCGAUGUCCAAAUUGAUCGACAUAUGCAGGCACCUUUGUCGCCAUCUAGCGGUGAUGGUUCCGUUGACAAGGAGGUCUUGGCCGCCGCGGGUGGGAUGCCAGACGGGUCUGCAGCUCCGGCAAGCUCUUCUUCCCAACGAGGAUUCGAACCCAAUACGGUCGAUGGUGUUGCUCCGGCCUCCCAUGGAGGCGAAUCCUCGCGGGCCCGUGUGGAAAGACACGACAGCUACUACGGUGACUGGAUCGGCCCGGCCGCCAUUGCCGCCAAACAGCGGAAGUACAACCCGACUGACUCCACCGUCGAUGACCGGGAGGUUCGAUCGGAUGGAGACCACACCCCCCUAGUGGCUGCCGGCAUGGUUGAUCGGUCUGGACGGCGGGAGAACUCGGCUCCGCCUCAGGCUCGCCGCGAGAGCGUGUCGACCGUGCCCACCAACACGAACGUGACCGACUACACGAACAACACCAUGGCCACCUCGGUGGACGAGGAAUCGUCCCUGGCCCAGAAAUCCCCGGGCAUGGGCGACGGCGCGCUCCCCUUCCGUCCAAAGACCGACAGCAUGGCCACGAUGGACAUGAAGAUUCCCGGCCGCUACCCGCCGACCAACGUGGCAGCAUAA